AUGGCGCUUCUGGGCAACCCGGUGGCGGUUCUGACGGAGAGAUCGGCGCCACGGCUCACGAGGCUGCUAGAGAACGUGAUGGUGGAGCGGAGCCUGUGCGCGGUGCACGUCGUGCUGGGCGCCGAUCCCGCCGUGGCGGACCGCGCGCUCGUCGCCUUAGCCACCUACAUCGCCGAGGGACGCAGGCCGCCGCUCACCGCCGACGCCAACGACAUCGACGCCGCCGCAUGGUUCGAGUUGCUUCUCUCCAAGUAUUCCCUCUCAGCGCUGAACCCUGACGAGAAGGUGUUGGAUCUGGGGUCUCACAACUUCUUCAUAUGCGCCAGAAGAUUCUGA